CUGAAACGACGGGUCGCCUCAACAACUCAAAUGGCCGGCCCAUGACAAGGAUUUCGGCCACCCGGCAUCGCCGGCGACCAGGCGGCAAUGCAACCAGUGCUUCUGCUCUCCUCUCGGUGGCAAGCCUCCAUUGCUACACUGCCUACACCUCAAAUCUUCAGUAGCCAUGCGCGUCGGGUGUGUGGAACUGUGGAUCCGUCCCCGUCUGAUCCAACCCACCACAAAACGUGUGCCCUACCGGCCCCGGCGCUGGCAUUGCAGGCGGCGGCAUUCGCGACUCACCUGCGCGCCACCACCACCUCACCGGCUCACCGAAACAAACAACGGGAAGCGACGCGUGCCGCCCUGCAUCUCCUCGUACCAAUCGCCCGCAGGUGGUCUUACAAAUAGCAGGGCCCGCGCCCGUAGCUAGAGCCGCGCCGCACGUCGCCGACGCUCGCGCACGCACGCGGGUGACACGAUGAUGUCGGGCACCGAGGCCGCUGCGGGGGACGACGACGAGGUCGUCCACGACUUCGCCCCGCUCCUCCUGGUGUACAGGAGCGGCCGCCUCGAGCGGCCCAUCGCCAUGCCGCCCGUCCCGCCCGGCGUCGACGCCGCCACGGGCGUCGCGUCCAGGGACGUGGCCCUCUCCCCGCACUCCUUCGCGCGCCUCUACCUCCCGCCGGCGGCCAGCGAGGGCAGCACGCGGCUCCCCGUGGUCGUCUACUUCCACGGCGGCGGCUUCGUGAUCGGGUCGGCCGCGUCCGCCGCGUACCACCGCUGCCUCAACGACCUCGCCGCGGCCUGCCCCGCCGUCGCGGUCUCCGUGGACUACCGCCUCGCGCCGGAGCACCCGCUCCCCGCCGCGUACGAGGACUCCCUCGCGGCUCUGGAGUGGGUGCUCGCCGCGGCGGACCCGUGGCUCGCGGCGCACGGCGACCGCGCCCGCGUGUUCCUGGCCGGCGACAGCGCGGGAGGCAACAUCUGCCACCACCUCGCCAUGCACCCGGGCGUCCGGGCCGCCGGCCUCGGGGGCGUCGUGCUGAUCCACCCGUGGUUCUGGGGCAGGGAGCCCGUCGGCGGGGAGCCCCGGGGCCCCGCGAAGAUGCAGAAGGGCCUGUGGGAGUUCGUGUGCCCCGGCGCGGUGGGCGGCGAGGAUGAUCCCCGGAUGAACCCGACGGCGCCGGGCGCGCCGGGGCUGGAGGGCCUGACGUGCGGCAAGGUGAUGGUGUGCGUGGCCGAGGGGGACGUCCUGCGGUGGCGCGGGAAGCUGUACGCGGAGGCGGCGGCGCGGGCGAGGGGCGCCGACCCGCGCGUGGAGCUGUUCGAGUCGGAGGGGGUCGGGCACGUGUUCUACUUGCUGGAGCCCGCGACGGAGAAGGCCAGGGAGCUGCUGGACAGGAUCGCGGCGUUCGUCAGUACGGAGUGAUGAGCAGGAAGUCCGUGGACACUCGAGUGGGAUAUAGUAUUUCACUAUUUCUGUAAUUCCGUUCACGAAUGGCCAAAGUAGCAACAGCAUUUUAUGAUUUUAUCACAACAAAGGUGACAGACAGACAGAGAUGUUGAUGAUUCAAUUUGAUCUAGUUUAUACACGCCUUGAUCGGUAUUCGGCCGAUAGUAACAGAG